AUGAGUUGGCCCGCCGGAAAUCCACUCCGACCGUUGCUGGGAUUCGGAUACUGGGUGCAGGGUUUCCAAUGCUUCCCAUGGAUGGGCGUGAGUUUCUUUCUCAAAGACAGCCUCAAUGCCGCUCCCUCAACUCUUCAGCUGUUGCAGACCUUAGCAGAUAUUCCCAAGAUCAUAAAAUGGUUCCACGGGAUUGUUUCCGAUGCAAUUUACAUCAGAGGCCAGCAUAGAAUCCCUUACAUUGCUAUUGGAGAUCAAGAUUGGAAGGAGGAUGAACAACUACUAGAUCUAUCAAUGAGGAAUGAACUAGAAGAGGAGCCAGUACCCUCUGCAACUUCAUGGCUAUCUAUAGGUUACUUUCCCUCAUCAGGCAUAUCAAUCUUCACCAUUACUCUCCUUUUAUGCGUCAGCAACCUUGGUGCAUCAAUUGUUGAAGUUGUUCAUGAAGCCCUUGUUACUGAGGUUGGAAGACAAAUGUCACAGUCAUCACCAUCUACUGGACUUAAGUCAUUUGUCAUGGUGGCUAGUUCUGUGGGUGGAGUCUUUGGUAACUUCCUUAGCAUCAGAGGUAUCAAACACUACUCCCCUAAAAGGAUGUUCGUUGCAUUUGGCCUCCUUUUAUCUGUUCAGCUCCUCACAACAUUCACUGUCCAUGAAUCCUCACUUGACCUCCCCAAGAGUGCAUCUGAUUCUGGUAUCCAAGAAAAAUUCUUUGAGUUAUCAAUUGCAUUGUGUGAACCCAAGAUUUUAUAUGCAAUUGCAUGGUAUGCAACAUCAUAUGCCAUUGUUCCAAGCUUCAAAGGCACCAUGUUUUUCCACCAAACACAGCAUUUAAACCUUGCCCCAUCGGUGUUGGUAUACUCUAGUCUGUUUGGAGAAGCAGCUACUCUUCUAUGGAGCAUAACAUAUAGUUAUAAUCAACGAUUGCAGUCAGUACCACCAGGAGAACUAAUUUCAAUUGUUCAGGUCAUAAUGGCUUUAUUCAAGUUCUCUAAUGUGUUGUUCGUGAAUGGGUUCUAUAAGAAAAUAGGCAUAGAGGAUUCAUUGUAUGUGGUAAUCUUCUUAGGGUUGUCAGAUGUCCUAUCCGGCUUCCGGUGGCUUCCAUUUAGUGUCAUCUUGGCAAAGCUCUGCCCACAAGGUUGUGAGGGAUCUCUUAUGGCCUUUGUCAUGUCUUCUAUCGAACUUGCUUACUUCAUCUGCCGGACCCUUGGCAUUGCACUCAUGAUACUCCUUGGCAUCUCAGAGAAUGACUUCUCAAAGCUACCGGAGGCCAUUCUGAUACAAGUCAUCUUUACACUGCUACCUUUGUGUUGGAGUUCAUGCAUUCUGAUUGGUGUUUCAUAG